UUCUCCUAACAAAUGAAUGAGUAGUAAAAUUUUUUUGAAGUGUUAAUUUGAAUUCUUAAAAGAAAUUGGACUUCCCUGGACGCUUUAGCAAUGUAAGAUAACAAACUUCAAAAAUAUAAUUAUAAUUAGUCUUUUUCUGUAUUUUUUAAAAAUAGUUAAGUCAACAAGAAAAAUAAAGGUCAAAGUCAAAUGAGAGAUAUCAUAAUUUUGAUAUUAGAAAAUUUGAAGUCAUGCAGUCAAAGGAGAGAGACCACAAUUUUAAUAUCAGAAAAUUUACAGUACAGUUUGAGAGAUAUAAUUAGUCUAUUUUAAAAAAUAAAUUAAAUUACCGGGAGCUUACUGUAAUUUUCCCGUUUUGGUCUCGGAAUUUCCCGGGAAAGAAAUAACCGGUGUCGAUAUUAUAAUUUGUUUUCUUUUACGUGUUUCAUCCACAUUUUUAAAUUUCGGACAAGAGAGAGUUCAAGGCAAAGGAAAGGAAGAGAGAAAAGGAAGGACUAUCACACACCAUUUUCUAGACCCUUUCUUUCUCACUUAAAUGCUUUCAGCCCCAUAUUUUACCUCCUUUAGCUUAUUGCAAUAGUUUUCUUUUUUCUUGAAUCUCUACCUCUUUCUUUAUCAACUUUCUUGAUCUUUUAUCUUUUUCUCUAACCAAUUCUUGAACAGCGACAAUGGAAGCAGCACGACGAGCUAUGUGCACAGAUGAUCUUUUUAAUCCACUCACUACCAUCUUUAUGCAGAGUGGCUCCAUGCUUCUUGUCUCCCAGGUUUUCCAUGUCAUUCUGAAGCCCCUUGGACAACCAGGACCCGUCGCACAAAUUUUGGCAGGACUGGUGUUAGGCCCGUCAUUGUUGUGCCGAAUCAAGAAAAUCAGAGACGUGUUUGAUCAGCCUGAUUUCAAUGAUUACAAUGUAGUUCUUGCUCUCGUUUUCCGGAUACUUUUUAUGUUCUUGAUUGGUCUGGAGACAGAUAUUCCUUAUAUGAGGCGCAACUUUCGCCAAGCAAGCAUUAUUGCAUAUGGGGGUAUAAUUGUGUGUACCAUCUUUGGAGCAGCAAUCACUGUUUUUGUCAUUCGUAUGAUGAUAAUAAAUGAGCACAAAUUUAUUUUUGCCCAGAUUGUCAUGAUAAUCUUGGCAAGCUCAGCCUCACCUGUGGUGAUUAGGUUGGUGACUGAACUAAAAUUUGAGACAGCAGAUGUAGGGAGAUUGGCAAUUUCUUCAUCUUUGAUUAAUGAAAUGUCUUGUUUGUUAUGGUAUGAUAUAGUUAUUGCAUUCACCUCAGGCAAAAUGUUUGGUCAUGGGGUUUUAUGCAUUUGUUUCACAGUGUUAAUCACUAUUGUGAAUAGGUCCUUAGCUGUUUGGUAUAAUGGAAGGAGAAAUGAUCAGAAAUAUCUUCCAGGAACCGAUGUGUUAACUAUUUUAUCCCUUAUUAUAUUCUUCUCGUUUGUUAUCGAGGAAUUUGGAUACAAUAGUACAUUGUCUUGUUUCCUCAUUGGUGUGAUGUUCCCCAGGGAAGGAAAAACAGCUAGGACACUGUUGCAUAAGCUCACUUACUCAGUUAAUAAUUUCAUCCUUCCCAUUUACUUUGGCUUCAGUGGCUUCCAAUUUGAUGUGAAUUAUCUGGCUAGUUAUAGAAAUUUCAUGGUUGUUAUCUUGGUGAUGUUGCUCAGCACUGGGGGCAAAAUUAUUGGAACACUGGUUGCUUGUCAUUACCUAAAGAUUCCAAGGACUGAGGGAACCAUUCUUGCUUUCAUACUCAACUUGAAAGGGAAUGGCGAACUUCUGCUUAUUGAUGCAGUCCCCAAGUCCAAGAAAUAUGAUUGGGAUGAGAACUUUCACAACUUGGUGAUAAUAGUAAUAGUGCUUAACACAGUUAUUGCAGGACCAGUAGUGUCUUGUAUAUUAAAAAUAGAAGAAAAAUAUUUUUCUCACAGUAACUCCUCACUUGAAUUUGAUGAUCCAGAGAAUGAACUCCGGAUGCUGGUUUGUGUUUACAGUUCUCGGCAUAUAUCAGCUAAAAUUGGUCUAAUUUCUGCAUUGAGUGGGUUUAAGAGAACCCCUAUAAUACCUUACAUGAUGCACUUAGUUGAGCUUCCCAAAAAACGGUGCAAAACACAGUUGAUGUACCAUGAGCUAGAAGAUGGAGAUCAAUAUAGCGACGAGGAAGAGUAUGAUGAGAAUGACGCACUAGAGAUAAAUGAUGCUGUGGACAUUUUUAGCAUAGAGAGCAAAAUUUUAGUUUACCAAAAUAAAAUUGUGUCAUCCUUUGCAAACAUGUAUGAAGAAGUGUGCAAUAAAGCAGAGGACUUGCGAGUAUCUAUUGUCAUCCUCACCUUUCAUAAGCACCAACGCCUUGAUGGGAUAAUGGAAGACAGCAAAGAAGGAGCUAAAAUCACUAACCAGAAGGUUAUUAACCAUGCCCUUUGUUCAGUUGGGAUAUUUGUGGAUAGAGGGCAGACUGGCUUUCGCCAACCUAGCCUGGACUUUGAGCAAAAUGUGCUAACAUUAUUUUUUGGAGGCCCUGAUGAUCGUGAAGCAUUGGCAUUGAGCAAACGAAUUGCUGCUCAUCCUAAUAUUAAUUUGACUGUCAUCCGGUUCCUGGAAGCAACAGUGGGGGAGCAAGAUGCUACAGUCAACAAGAGUGAUGAAGUACUUCUGACAAUAUCAAACUCUCAGGUGGAGACUGCAAUAGACAAUGUCUUCCUGGAGGACUUCUAUAACAGAUACGUGGCUUCGAGUAAAGUUCGAUAUAUGGAGAAGCAUGUGGGCAAUGAGCUGGAAACAGUGAAUGUUUUAAGAGAAAUUAAGGACAUCUAUUCAUUGAUCAUAGUAGGAAAGGGCGGGCGAGGGCCCUCCCCGAUGACGAAUGGUCUGAGUGACAGGGAGGAGUGUCCAGAACUGGGGGCAAUAGGGGAUCUUCUGGCAUCUUCAGAACUUGACAUCAGUGGUUCGGUUCUGGUCAUCCAACAACAUUCUUCAAGAAAUCCUUAUAACUUCAUGUAUGAUUAGUCAUUGGAUUUGUAUAGAUGUAGUAAUGAAAUGUAUCAGUAGGUUGGUUAUUGAUAAACGUAGUUGCAACAUGUACAGUUUGACAACCAUUUGCAUUUGGAAAAGGAAGAACAAAAA